AUGCAAUUAAGAAGCGGCGUACUCAAAAAGCCCCCAACCAGAAAUUAUAUUUCAGGCUAUCAAAUAUUCUACGCAGAAAAAUUACCUGAACUGAGAAAAGAAGGCAAAUUCUAAAUUGGAGAUGCAGGUCACAAGAUCUCAGAAAUGUGGAGAGAAUUAGAGGAUGAUGAGAGGUCGAAAUAUGAAGACUAGUUCAAUGAGAUGGAAUCCAAAUACAAAGAAGACUUGAUAUUGUAUUACGGAGGAAAUCUACAUGACAUAAAAAAAUAUAAGUCAUUAAUGGAAAUUCCAGAAAAACCAAGAAAACCUGCUUCUGCCUGUUUAGUUUAUAUUGCAGAGCAUAGAAAGGAAUAUUCCAAUCAGAAUCCAGAUAUGAACAUGGCACAACUGACAAAGUCUUUGGCUGACAAAUAUGGGGGACUUCCAAAUAAGGAUAAAAAAAGAUAUGAAGAUGAUUUUCAAAAGAAGUUGGAAUAAUACCACAAGGAUAUCGAGAUUUGGUAAAAAAAAUUUGCUUAGAAAUCAGAAGAAUUUGAAAAAUUAAUUGAAGAAAAAUUCAAGCGAUCGGCUUCAAAAUAAGAUUUGGAAUAUCAAGAACUACCACCUUAUAAGAGAGGUCCAAGGAAAAUGAAGGAGGAGGAUGAAACAGCCCCAUAGAAAUCUGAGAAGAAGGAGGAUAAAAAAGAUGAAAAAGCCAACAAAAAAAGUAGUAAAAAUAACAAGGAUGAAGGCAAGGGUGCAUAGAAUAAAGGAGAGUCGAAGAAAUAUCUAGAAGUAGACCAAAAGGAUGAACAUAAUAGAAGAAAAUCAGGAUAAAAAAAAUAGUGAAAUUACCACAAUAUUAUUUUCCAAAAUUUUCUGU